AUGGAACAACAGAAGAAGUAUGUAUUAUAUGCGUACUUAUUCACGGAGGCCCUGAAAUCCAGAACUGUGACGGCUACUGAUUUAAGUACUCUAAAUAGAAUGUGGACACAUCAUUUGCUGUAUUUGGUGAAAAACGGAAAAGAAAAGGCUGCUCGGAAUUAUGUCAGAAUUCUGGAGGACAGCGAUGAAACUGUUUUCAAUAUAAAAAGAUUUCAACGCCAACUACAAAAGACCAGAGCUGUCUUGUCAAAGAACAAGGAUUGUAAAUCACAGGAAUUGGUUUCGUCUUUCUGCUUUAGAAAACCAAGCUUUGUUGAGCGGAUGUCGAUGAAGUUAAGGAAGUUGUUUGGUCAGCGCGACCCUGAUGACUUUUUUAUGCUAAAGUUUCAGGAUGUGAACUAAGACAGAAAUGCAGAGAUUCCCUGUGACAUUCUGAUUAAACAGAGAAUUAAAGUCAAGGGCUGUCAGUCUUGACCAUUUUUUGAGGAAAAAAUCAUUAUGGUUAUCAUCAUCAUCGUCUUCGAUCGUCAUCAUCAGUGCCAUCAUCGUUAUUCUCAUUAUCAUCAUUGUAUUAUCAAUAUCAUCAUCAUCUUUUUUUUUAUUCAUUCAUGCAUUUAUUGUUGUAAAUAUUUCAUACAUACAUUCUUAGUCAAUACCAUUCACCUUAUCAAUACAAUUUUCAUA